ACCCCGCAACGAUUAUCAACUAAGCGCCCGGUCAGCCGGCGGCGCAGCGGGGACUCGCGGGAAGCCCCCGGGGGCGCGCCCCGGAGGCGGCCCGAAGGGCGCAGGAAGGCCUGGGGGGCCCGAAGGCGAGGACCCGCGGCCGGUCGUCACGAAUCGGUGCGAAGAGAGCUGGCCCGUGCCCGGCGGACCCGGAGUCCCCGCACGGGGGCGCCGACAGCGGAGUGGACAGGCCGCGGGUCCCGCCCCCGCGCGUCCCUGCGCGUCCCCGCCCGUCCCCGCUACGUGGUGAGCCGGGCGCAGCGCGCUCCUCCCGCCGCCAGGGGGCGCCGCCGCGGCCGCUCUGGCCGCCCGUGGUCGGAGCUCGACAGCUUCGCGGCGCUGAGGCCACGCACGCCCAGGCCGUCGCCGCGGGCGAACGGUUCCCCCGGCAACGUACGGCCGGCUGCCGCAGCCGCCAUGGACGUGCCGAGCGGCGCCGAGACGCUGCGGGCUCGCAGCCGUGCCGGCACGGCCCCCUCGGGGGCACCGGACCCGGCGGCGCCCUGGGCGCGCUUCUCGGCCUGGCUGGAGUGCGUGUGCGUGGUCACCUUCGACCUGGAGCUGGGCCAGGCGCUGGAGCUCGUGUACCCCAGCGACUGCCGCCUCACGGACAAGGAGAAAAGCAGCAUCUGCUACCUGUCCUUCCCGGACUCCCACUCAGGCUGCCUUGGGGACACCCAGUUCAGCUUCCGCAUUCGCCAAUGUGGAGGGCCCAGGACCCCGUGGCGCUCUGAGGACAGGGUCUAUGAUAGCGGGGUCCCCACGUGGCUGCAGCGGGAGCCUGCGCACUACUUCGGCUACGUGUACUCCCGGCAGGUGCGGGACAGCUCCGUGCAGAGGGGCUACUUCCAGAAGUCUCUGGUGCUGCUCUCCCGCCUGCCCCUGGUCCGGCUGUUCCAGACGCUGCUGGGCCUCAUGGCACCCGAGUACUUUGACAAGCUGGCACCCUGCCUGGAAGCAGUGUGCAACGAGAUUGACCAGUGGCCAGCCCCCAUUCCUGGGCAGACCUUGAACCUGCCAGUGCUGGGAGUGGUGCUGCAGGUGCGCAUCCCCUCCAGGGCGGACAAGCCUGAAUGCAGCCCUCCGGAGCAGCAGGGCCACGAGAACCUGUUGCCCGCGCCCGUGGUCCUCAGCAGCGCCCAUGAGCUAGACCUGUUUAGGUGCUUCCAGCCAGUGCUGACCCAUGUGCAGACCCUGUGGGAGCUGCUGCUCCUGGGGGAGCCCCUGCUGGUACUGGCGCCCUCGCCCACCGCCUCCUCGGAGAUGGUGCUGGCCCUGAGCAGCUGCCUGCAGCCGCUCAAGUUCUGCUGUGACUUCCGGCCCUACUUCACCAUCCACGACAGCGAGUUCAAGGAGUUCACCACGCGCACCCAGGCCCCACCAAACGUGGUCCUGGGAGUCACAAACCCUUUCUUUAUCAAAACACUCCAGCACUGGCCCCACAUCCUCCGCAUUGGGGAGCCCAAGAUGUCAGGGGACCUGCCCAAGCAGGUCAAGCUGAAAAAGCGCUCAAGGCUGAAGACCCUGGACACUAAGCCAGGCCUGUACACGGCGUACACUGCACACCUGCACCGCGACAAGGCACUGCUGCGGCGGCUGCUCAAGGGCCUGCAGAAGAAGAGGUCGUCGGACGUGCUGUCGGCGCUGCUGAGGCGCCACCUGCUGGAGCUCACGCAGAGUUUCAUCAUCCCCUUGGAGCACUAUAUGGCCAGCCUCAUGCCCUUGCAGAAGAGCGUCGUGCCCUGGAAGACUCCCCCGCAGAUCGGGCCCUUCCUCCAGGACGACUUUCUGCGCAGCCUGGAGCAGGCGGGGCCCCAGCUCACCUGCGUCCUCAAGGGCGACUGGAGGGGCCUGUACAGGCGCUUCUUCAAGUCCCCCCACUUCGAUGGCUGGUUCCGACAGCGGCACAGGGAAAUGACCCAGAAACUGGAGGCCUUGCACCUCGAGGCUAUCUGCGAGGCGAACCUCGAGAACUGGAUGAAGGACAAGUCUGAGGUGGAAAUCGUUGACCUGGUUCUGAAGCUUCGAGAGAAGCUGGUGCGGGCCCAGGGCCACCAGCUGCCUGUGACAGUGGCCACACUGCAGCGGGCAAAACUGUACAUCGACACGGUCGUCGGCUCCCUGCCCAAGGACCUGCAGGCUGUCCUGAGCCCGGCCUAGGGGCUCCUGGCCUGCUGGGCUUUCCUCAGCACCCGAGCCCUCUCCUGGCUGCCCCUGCCAUCCCAGCCCGGCAUUGUCUCAGCAGUAAAGGUGGCAUCAAAACCACAGCCUGGCCCCGAGUAGUGGCCGACGACACGCACCCCCGUCUGCCGCAGUGCUGUUGGCCCAGCAGCCUGUCCCUCUGGUGCCUCCUGCCCAGCCCUCUGCAUCCAGGCCUGAUUAUCCCAGCAGGCUGCAGCCUCAGGCAGGAGCAGCUGACGGCACCACACUGACCAUUGUGUGGCCUACUGGGAGCCACUAGGGGGCAGUGUGUGCCUGGCCACAAAGUGAGCCCUGGCGUGGGCGUCCACUCCAGGCACCCCCACUGGCUCCUGGGCAAGAGGAGGGUUCUUACCUUGCUGCUUCCCCACAAAGGGCACCUGGACGUCCCCAGUGGGCAGUGCCCACCUGCUGCCUGAAGGGUUCUGGCCAGACCCACCCCCACACUGGCGCUGCCAAGUCUCCAUGUGGCCGUGCCCAGAGCCAGCACUGGACGGUCUCCCCCGCUGCUGCCAGCAAGCCUGUCCCUACCCCACUGCAGCCUCAAGGCUAGGUCCAGCACGGAUGUAGCCAGGCAGGUGCCCACGGUGCAGAGGGUAGGCUCGAGCUCCCGGCCCACAUGUCCUCUGGCAGCCUGCCCCGGCUCUGGUCUGUGGGGGCGCAGGAUGGCACGCCCUCUCCGGGCCUGGUCUCACCGGGGCUCAGAGAUGCAGCUGCCACUCCUGUGGGAAGCCGCAGCUGGGGGCGUGGGCUUGUGGGAAUGGAGACCACCCCUGGCUUUCAGGGGCUGCAGCCUGUGAUGUGCUGAGCACCGCGGGGAGGGGCUGAGGGGGCCUCCAAGAAGCACCUGCGGCUCCAUCGGUCUGGAACAGUCUGGAAGUCCCCCCUUCUCUGCCUCCUCCCCUGGGCACCAAACGGGGGGCCUGGCUGCUCCCACCAGCUGCUCCUCGUGCCCCUGGGCUGAGCUGGUGGCUGGCACACGGGCUCAGGCUGCUUGGAUGCCACAGACCGGCUCUGGGGGGCUGUGCGGCUUGUGGCAGGAGGGGCAGAGACUCCCCACGCCAGGGCCCGUGGACACGCCGAAGCAGCUGGAGCGGGAGACGGGUGGGGACAGGAAGGACAGUCCGGCCCCAGCUUCCUGUGCUCCUUUUAGACCUCUGAGCCGGGACAGACCUCCCCGCAGUCGGGCAUUAAACACCAUGGACCACU